CUUAAAGUCCAAUCAUACCAGUUGUUAAGGCAAGGCUCAACUGGCGAAAGUCUUAAGAAAUAAACAUUGUAGAUACCAUGAUCUCUGUCUACUCUGUCUUCUUAACUCUGCUGCUUUUCACUGAGCUGAGCAGCCACUCAGUCACCGUAGCCAUGCCUGCAACUAAUGCAGAGGAUGGUACAACAGAAGAAGACAGCCUGGGUUUGAUACUGGGUGACAAGUCGAUCUCUGAGCCCGCUGUGAUCCCACCGGUGUUCAGGCAGCGCCGAAUCAGGGAUGAAGAUGGGAACCCAACAAUCAUCAUCUCGGAUGCAAGGCUGAAAGGGCACAGUGUUCGAGGGCUGAACCCGGCCUUCACUCGGAGCCUUCCUCUCCUCGCAGAUCGAAGCCUGAGCCACACUCCUGCCGAGUACAGCGUGAAGAUAGAUCGCAGAGAUACCGACCUUGACGUGCUGCGAUGUAUGAUUGGAAGAGUGUACCGGCCCUGCUGGGAAGCAUGAGCGACGUCAAUGAAUGUUUCCUCCUGUAUGGUAUAAGAAGAUUAAUUUACUUGUAGGAAAUAAAGCAGACAAACAUGGAAAACAAAAUAAAAGUUUAUUAACAAUU